GAGCUUUAGAAAAUACCUCUGGCUCCCCCUGGUGGAGCCGGUAAGUCAAUGCAGGCUGAAACGUCAUCAACAAAAGACGCGCUGCCUCCAAAAGACCACAAGCAAGAAUGCUUUUCUACUCGUUUUUCAAGUCUCUGGUGGGAAAGGACGUGGUAGUGGAGCUCAAAAACGACCUGAGCAUCUGUGGAACGCUUCACUCUGUUGACCAGUACCUGAACAUCAAGUUGACAGACAUCAGCGUCACAGAUCCAGAGAAAUAUCCACAUAUGCUGUCGGUGAAAAACUGCUUCAUCCGCGGAUCGGUGGUCCGGUACGUCCAGCUGCCGGCCGACGAGGUGGACACGCAGCUGCUCCAAGACGCAGCACGAAAAGAAGCCAUGCAGCAGAAGCAGUGAUGGGGUCGUGGGGCGGGCUGGGGGACGGGGACAGGGGGAGGGGUUCGUAACAGGAUGAGAUACAACAACUUUACGUAUUGUAAUGACUUUAUUUAAAGAUGGCAGUUUGAUUUACUUCAACAACAAAAAAAGGACUUUUUUUUUUUUUUAAGUGCAUUUCUGAUUAUGGACAUUUUCAGAGCAGGGUUAGUUGUCUCUAACCCACAGGACGUUUAGCAGUCUUCAUCUGAUUCUUUUAGUUAGUUCAAACAACAGAGGACCGUGUUUGUGUUGACUGUUCUGGUUUAAAAUAAUAAUAAUUAAAAAAAAAAAGAUUGUUUUUUGUUUGUUUCUUUUUUUACAAAUAAGGUUCCAAUAUUUUAAUCCUUAUUUCAUUUUCUUCGUUAAGAAAUUCUCCUGCCUUUUCGCCUCAACGUGUAGAUUUUUUUUUUUUAAUUGUUUUUGGAGAAAUACUUUGGUGUGUCAACAUCAACUACGACCGUGGAAAAAGUCAUUUUGUAAUUAUGUGUAUUUUUUGGAAAUAAAGCUAAAACUUGAUCA